AUGCGAAUCUUCGUUUAUUUCACCACUCGUCUGCUGAUUAUCAAGAAUUCCUUAUUGCAAUUAAAUUUGUUUCGUAGUGGGAGUGAAAAUGAAUCGAUUAUACGCAACGAACGUCGUACCACACGCAUUUUUCUGCUUCUUUUCCUAACUUCAUUGAUUGGUGUGACAUUGUAUUACUCCCUUAUCUCACAAACACAACUCAAAGUCAUUCCUACUCCGACAUUGACGAACUACACCGCUUUACUCAAAGAAGUCUCAUUACAAUGUCCUUGUCGACAAAUCGCAGUGAAAUUGGGCGAAUUUAUUCGGAUAAAACCGUCUUAUCAUGAAUUAUGUCAAAGUGACUUGAUAUCUGAUGAAUAUAUUCAUCAACUUCAUGUUCUUUAUGAACAAUCUUGGAAUAGAUCAAUCGAAACCGAUAUUCAUCGUAUCGUUGUUUUUCAAUUUCAAACUCUUCGUAAACUUUGUCAGUUAACACGGCAGUUUAUCAAUGAUAGUCUUCAAACAUUUUUGCAAAAUGAAUUUGUUCAAACACAAAUUUUUCCUUCUGAAAGCGUCGAAAUUCAAAUGACUGCAUUAUUAACGGAUUUUACCAAAUCUUCAUCGAGAACAUUUCUCACAACAUUAAAAUUUAUUCAAGAUACAACCGCACAAAGUUUACUGUUGACCGGAGCUUCAAUGACCAGUGUUCUUCCGGAGUUCCAUGAAAAAUCAGGAGAAACGCCUUAUCAAGGAGUGAAGUACAAAUUUCGAGAUGGUUCUUCAUGCACAUGUUCCAGUUCGACAGCUAAUAAUUGUAUGGGUUUGUCGACAUUAAACAAUGGCAUUGUCCCCGGAUUUCAAACAGGCUGUUAUAUGUUCAGUGCAUUACUUAAUUCAACACUCGAAAUAUUUUAUGAUCAAACAUGGAUUAACAUGAUAACGAAAACUUCAAAUUCUUUUCGAAAACUCAAUAGUUCGAAUCCGAACUUAACAGUCGAAGAAUUACUCAAACAAAUGUUUGUUAUCGAUUGGUCAAAUGAAACAAUUUUUGAAAAUUAUUUUAACAAAUGUGCGCCUGAUUAUUGUCAAUAUACAAUUACUUCAAGACAGAACUUCUUAUUCAUUGUCACAAAAUUAAUAGGUUUUCUCGGUGGAUUAUCGGCUUUACUGAAAAUGAUUUCACCUUUUCUCAUCAAAACACUCUGGCCAAUCAUCAGAAAGUUUCUCAGAAAAGGACGAACGUCUAUGACACAAAACAUGGAAAUCAAUACGAAUACAGUGUUGACAAUUGAUGAACGUCUAAAACGAUCCUUUGACUCAAUAAAACAGAAGUUGAUCCAAAUGAAUUUAUUCAAAAGUGUUCCACCAUCAGAAGAUGAAAAUCUUCUUCAAUUUGAACGUCUUGUCACACGUCUUUAUUUGAUGUUAUUCGUAACAUCAUUGAUUAUCAUUACAAUUAUCAUAUCUGUUGAAAAACAACAAAUGACUGUUAUUGUUGAUUCACCAACAUUGAACGAUUUUCUUGAACUUCAUCAUCGACAUUCGCACAUAUUGGAAUGUCCUUGUGAUCAAAUCGCGAUUGAUUAUGGAGUGAUUUUUCGUAUUGAAUCUCAAUAUCACGAAGUUUGCUCGAGUCCAUACGUCACAUCUGAGUGGAUCAACGUGAAAUAUUUCCAAUCGCCAACGACAAAAUUAAUCACAACGGAUUUUCGUUAUUUAUCCCAAUUUCAUUUUCAACUUUUAUCAACUUUAUGUCGCAUCUCAGAUGAAAUUAUUCGAGAUUCUCUUCAAUCAUUCUAUCGAACUAAAUUCAUUACUAAUCGAUUACUUAAUCAACAAUCAUUUCGCACACAGAUCGAUUCACUGAUAUCAGAUUUCCAAAAAAACAUUCUUGUUUCAUUUCAACAUCUCAUCGAACUCAUACGAACAAAUUUACAAAUUAAUCAAUUUAUCACACCAAUGAAUUCUGCUUUUUCAAUCCCUGAUUACGAUUCGAGCGGUGUUUAUGUUGUUAGCUUAAUUCCUGUUGGCUAUCACUCAACAGAACAAACAAAUCACACUGCAAAAUAUUGUAGUUCUCUAUCAUUUUUGAAAUGUCAUAAAAUAUCCGCCAUCGUCGAAGAUGGUUUUGCCGAUAUCAUUCCAGGAAUGGUUCAAACAUGGUUUCCAUUUGAAGCAUUGCUGAUGUCAACAUUAGAAUGUUUCUAUGAUGAUAAAUGUCUGAAUAAACUCAAACAAGUCAUUAGCGAAGCACCACUGUCAAAGAAUCUCACAAAACUCCAAUCAACAUCAUCAUCAAAUCGAUAUGAUCGAAUUGAAAUCUUGGCCAAUCAUCUGUUUAUUCAUUCGUGGACAAAUGAAAGUUUUUACGAAACUUAUUUUAAUCAAUGUCAUCCCUUACAAUGUCAAUAUACAUUUCAUAGUCGAUUAAAUCUAAUCGAUAUUAUCAUAACACUUAUUGGAUUUCUUGGUGGAAUAAAUAUUGUUUUACGAUUUACAUUACCACGUCUUACUAAAAUGACAAAUCGAAUUUACGAGCGUUUGCUUCAACGUCAACAAAGUCGAACAUCAAUCGGAAUAUUUUUGAAAACUCGUUUCUCCAAUCAUAUUCGAGCUUUAUUAUUGUACAGUAAAAACAAUUUAAUUGAAUUGAAUUACUAUCCAACAAUUCCAUCAUCAAAUCAUUCGAAAAUCCAACGUCGAAAUCGACACAAAACUCGAAUUUAUCUGAUUCUAUUCGUAACAUGUUUCUCGGUUUUUCUUCUUUACACUUCAUUAAAACAAGAGAAUGUCACAAUCUCAGUUGAAUAUCCAUCAUUAUCGACAUAUGAAGAUUUAUUUGUUAAAUAUCCAUUGACUUUGAAAUGUCCUUGUAGUCGUGUUGCAAUCAAACACAAAGAAUUUGUUCAUCCACUCGAACCGAAAUCUCAUCCGAUAUGUUCAAGUACUUUCAUUUCACAAGAUUGGCUCAAUAGUUUGCCUGUUCCGGAUACGACCAAUGGUUUUGUUUUAACCGGUGAAAAUUUUCAUGAUUUCAUUUAUGUUCAAUUUCAAGCUUUAGGAAUUCUUUGUAAAGUCUCUCGAACUGUUUUAAACAUCUCUUUGUCGACAUUUGAAGAGACGAGUUUUAUUACAGCAUUCGCAAUAUCUUCUUCAGAAUUCAAUUUUCGAACCAAAUCAGAGAUCGAACAAUUUCAACAUCGAACCUCGAAUGAAUUUGUUGAAAUGUUCAAAUUAAUCCAAAUAACCAACCACGCCAAUCAAUUAGCUUCGUUGUUUUAUACCAAUUGGAUAUUCGUACCAAAAUAUCUGGAAAAUCUUUUUAUUCAAUUAUUACAAGGAGAAUUACACGUCCUGUCUCGAUCGAAAGUCUAUAUGACUGAAGCUGGUCGUUGUUCAUGUAGUAUUCAACAGAAUUGUUCGGUAUUAUCCACAUAUGAAUUAUCAAUGUCACAUGAAGAGAGAGAUUUAAUAUUUCCAGGAUUUCGUCAUGGUUGUUUCAUGUUCGAUGCUCUUUUACAAUCGACUUUGUCUUGUUUAUAUAACGAGACGUGUUUGACUCUUCUGCAAUCAUCUAUUCUUUAUUCAAAACCGAUUCCAAUUAAUAUUCUCACUGAUUCCUCUCUGUCAAAUGUAACAAUCGAAGCAAUUCUCAGUGAGAUUUUUGUUUCUCAAUGGGUCAUCAAUGUCUCAUUUGCUCUUUAUUACAACAAUUGUGCACCGAAAUUGUGUCAAUAUUCUCAUUUAUCUAAAUCGAGUUUAGCGAAUCUCAUCACAAUUUCCAUUGCUGCUUUUGGUAGUUUAACAAACGGUUUACACGUUUUUGUCCACUGUUUAGCGACAAUUGUGUACAAAAUUAUCGAUCGUCGAAAAAGAAAAACUCACGUUUUGUCUGUGAGUCAAACUGAAGUUGUUCCAUUGGAAGAAGUUCGACGUCCAAAAGAAAUACGUCGAGAUCGAGCGAUGUUAUUUUGUUUGACUUUACUUGGUCUAAUUGCAAUAGGAACAGCAUUCGCUGUAUUGUUUUCAUCUCGAAAGAAGGAAAAUCAGUUGACUUUCAGUGCCGUUCAAACAACUGCGAUAAACAACAUCAUUUCAACGACAGAAUUGAAAAUGAAUUCAUCGAUUCAUAUGACUUUUUAUAAUCAAUCUUUGAAUUAUUCAACUGGUCAUGGCCCUGCUGCAUUUGUUACAGGUGAUUUUGAUCAUGAUUCUCUUUUAGAUUUGGCUGUGACGAACGCUGAUUCGGAUACGAUAAGUAUUUUGUUGGGAAAUCAUGAUGGAACAUUUCAAACACAGAGAAUCAUCUCACUUGAAACGGAUUCUAAACCAGAAGAGAUCCUAACGGGUGAUUUGAACAAUGAUACAUAUUUCGAUUUGAUUAUUCUUUUAUCUUCAACACGACAAAUCAUUCUCAUUUUUGGUUCUUCAUCAAAUGUUUUAUUUCUUUCUCCACCUUAUCAUUUCCCAUAUGACACAUCUGAAAAUAUUCCAAGCACAAUUGCGAUUGGUGACAUGAAUAAUGACGGAUUUCUAGAUAUUAUUGUUUGCCGAGAAUUGAACGAUCCCUUUCACUUUAAUUCAUUAAGUGUUUGUUUAAAUCUGGGCAAUGGAUAUGAUUACAAUUGCAUUCCAUCUGGACAUGACAUUUUCUCAACUACGAUUAUUUCGAUAGUUAUCGAUGAUCUUGAUAAUAAUGGAAAGAAGAAUGAUUUCGUUUGGCUUAAUAAACAUGCUGAAGCAAAAGCUUGUAUUGGAUCAACUGGAUUGAAUUCACUUUCAUACGAAUGUAUUCCAUCAACUCAUGAAAUGUUUCAAUUUCCAUCGAUUAUCAUUACGGGAAAGUUUAACAGCGACAAUUUUCCUGAUUUUGCACUUCUCUCCUCUCGAUCGGAUACAUUACAAAUCAUCUUACAUCAUCUUCUGGAUAAUUUUUGGUGGGAAGAUGUUCGUUCGAUUUAUCGUACAGCCAAUUAUCCAACAUCUCUUACUCGAAUCAAUUUCAAUAAUGAUCUUAUUGAUGAUUUAGCUCUUUUACAUUGUGAUGGAACUGUCACGAUAUUUCUUGGAACAGAAAUUGGACUUUUCAAUCGGAAAUAUUUAUCAUUUCAAAGUAAUCAAAGUUGUUCUAAUCCAUGCUGUCAUUCAAUCAAAUCGAUGGAUUUAAAUCGAGAUGGAAAAGAUGAUUUGAUAUUUCUUGAUAAAGGAACAAACAGUGUACGAGUUCUCAUGGGCGUACCUUACACUAAAUAG